AUUUUCAUCUUAGGAGGCAGCAAGAGGUGCUUCUAAAUCGAUACAAACGUGUCCCUUUUACUUACAAACCAAAUCCAUUUGUUUGUUCUUCUUGUGCACCCCUCCCAAAAAAAAAAAAAAAAAAAAAACUUGCCCCUUCCACCUCAGCCAGUCUCGCCUCCCCUUCCCUUUGACAACUGAUUCGCAAAGAAGGCCUGUCCAAGUCACACCCCAGGUACAUGGAUCCCUCCAGGGGUCUUUACCACAGUUCCUGAGCUCGCUGAGUCAAGUUGAUCCCAGCCGAGGCUGAGUCCGCCGAGCAAGCUUUCCCCGGCCUCACAUCUCUGAAUUGACUUCACCGCGCUCCCUGAUUGGUGUCCUUUCCUCUAUCUACUCGCCACUUCCAUGCUGCAUUUCUUCUAGUACCGCAAGGCGUGUCUUGUAUUGGAUUUUGUGCUGCCACGAUUUUGUCAAGUCCUGCUUCGUGUGUUUAUUUGUGCUCGAUAUGUAUUUGAUUGAUAUGCGGUUGAUGAUGUUCUGUACUUGGACGCCAGUGGGCUGAGCGCGGGCAGUUCGGAAUGGUUGACAUGAUGUGGCAUGACAAUAGAGAGUGGCUUGCUGCUGUAUUGGCUAAGGAUGAGCACAAAGCGACCAACAAUGUUGAGUGUACGUGCACCGGUCUUGGUAUUCUCAUCGUAGAUGUUGCUCAUCCAGAAGCUUUAAGCAUGGCUGAAGCUGAUUACCUAGGAAGUCCAAGGGGCACAGAUUUCCGGAGCUUCCCGUCUGAAGCGGUCUGUCUCAUUCUAUGGCUCUCAGUGACUCUUGACGCCUUCAAAGACAACACUAAUCCUGAACUCACACAAGUACCAUCUGGAUCUUAUGCAGUUUUCAAGAAGGGCUAA